CGCACGCCGUGUGCGUCAUACGUGACCCGGCUGGUGGGCGGCGCAGGUUUGACCUAGAGCAGCGGCCGGAGGAGAACAUGGCAGCAGUAGGAAGGCUCUCAGUGAAGGUUCGCGCAUUCAGUACCAGCGCAGUCAGGCCGGCUUUAGUCAGGCCUCCAAUUCAGAUCUUUGGUCUGGAGGGUCGCUAUGCCACUGCCCUGUAUUCAGCUGCUUCAAAGGAGAAGAAACUGGAGCAGGUGGAGAAAGAGCUGACCAGGAUAUCGGCAGUUAUUAAAGAGCCCAAGAUUUCUGGCAUCAUCAUAAAUCCCCACAUCAAGCGUGUUUUGAAACAGAAGGCACUCAGUGAAAUUUUGGCAAAGGAGAAGCUAUCUCCAAUCACGUCAAACUUUAUCAAUUUGCUUGCUGAGAAUGGUCGCUUGCGUAAAACCUCAGACAUAUUUUCUGCAUUCGCAAAGAUGAUGAGUGCACAUCGAGGGGAGGUGCUAUGCUCGGUCACAACUGCAUCGCCGUUGGAUGAGGCAAACCUGACCGAAUUGAAAACUGCUCUCAAUGGCUUCCUAGCCAAAGGAGAGAUCUUGAAGCUGGAGACCAAGACCGACUCUUCUAUCCUCGGAGGAAUGAUUGUCAGCAUUGGUGACAAGUAUGUUGACAUGUCCACAAAAGCAAAAAUCCAGAAGUUGAGCAAGAUCAUGAGGGAUACUGUUUAAAUCUAGCUGUCUCUGCUCUUAUUUUAUCCCCCUGUUAUUCCUGCUGGGGCUCCUAUAGUAAAUAAAUAAAUAUUGUCCUGAAGUGUC